GGGGCGGGGCCGCCAUGUUGUGUGCGGCCGUACCGGCGUGUUGUGUGAGGCAAUACCGGCGGAUUGUGUGAGGCGACACCGCCAUGUUAUGUGCGGCCGUACCGCCGCGUUGCGUGAGGCGAUACCCCCGUGUUGUGUGAGGCGAUACCGCCGUGAGGGCUGAGGACGAUCCGCCAUUUCGCCGCGAGGCGGAGCAGCUGAGGCUGAGGCGCCGGAGGAGCCUUCUCCAUACCCCACGUUACCAUGGCCACCCACUUCUCCAAGGAUCAGGAGAGAAGCCCUGUGUGCUCUCUGAGGAGGUGCUGUUGCCCUGCCCUGCAGAUCAGGUGUGUCAAGGGGGACCUGUUCUCGUGCCCGGGCACGGACGCCCUGGCUCACUGCAUCAGCGAGGAUUGCCGCAUGGGCGCCGGCAUCGCCGUGCUCUUCAAGAAGAAGUUUGGAGGCGUCCAGGAGCUCCUGGAUCAAAAGAAGAAGACGGGGGAGGUGGCGGUUCUGCAGAGGGAUGACCGCUACAUUUACUACCUGAUUACAAAGCAGAAGGUUUCUCACAAGCCCACCUAUGAGAGCAUGCAGAAAAGUUUGGAAGCCAUGAAAGCUCACUGCCUGAACAACGGAGUCACCGACAUCUCCAUGCCCAGGAUUGGAUGUGGACUCGACGGCCUGCAGUGGGAAAAGGUGUCAGCCAUCCUUGAGGAGGUGUUUGAGAACACUGACAUCAAGAUCACAGUGUACAGCCUGUGAGCAGCGCAGUCCAAGAUCCCCAUUUCCCCCAGUUUUGGGAGCAGAACCUCUGAACGGACAAGGGGGGACCUGUGUGUGGAGCACGUUCUGCAUUCGGGUGUCACUCACUCGUGUGACAGUGACAGGGGCUUCCAGCAGCGACAAGCUCCACAGAAGUUCAUUUGGGCUGUUAAUUAGCAGGGGGCAGCGGCGCUGUGCAAACCCUGGGGGAGCUCCCAGUGUGUCCCUGCAGCCACCAGGUGUCACUGGGGCUCCACGCAGUGAAACGGAGCCGCUGCCGUUGGGGACUCGGGGUUUCUGGUGGCGCUGGCACCUCUGCUUUGUUCUGUUUGCGAUGUCCUGCCUGCCACUGGGGUCACUCACACUGGAACGGUUUCAUUUCUCCCUUCCUGCCACAAAUUGGGUUUGCUGAGGUCGUGCUCACUCAGGAUCAUGGUGUGAUGUGAAAUAAACACUGCCCUGAUGUUGGACUGGUACCUGUGGCUCUUCUGGGGACAGCCUGGGAUUGCAGGGAAUGCUGGAGGGGGGUAAAUACACCUGGUGGGUGUGUUUUAUUCAACAGCUCUGUAAUUUAUAGUCUGCAGAGCUCUGUUUGGUGAGGAUCCAAACAGGCUGGUGUGCUCUAAAAACUCACAGGAUGGGGUUUAAGGUGG